AGUAACGGCGGGACGGCAACAAACAUAGAGUCAAGCAAGGAGUGGAAUGGCCUGAGGGGGAUCCCUCCGGUGCCUCCUGCCCCCGCUCGGGCCAAUCCGCCAAAACUGACUGCUCGGCCUCUGCAAACCACCACUGUGAUGGGGGACGGACUGGAGCCAGGCAGCAGCCACAACCCUCCUUCGGCCCCGCAACCUCACCUCCUCAACCCCGCGCCCCCAGAACUUGGGAAUUCCACCAGACCCAAACGGCAGACCAACCAGCUGCAGUACUUGCUCAAAGUAGUACUAAAGACAUUAUGGAAACACCAGUUCGCAUGGCCGUUUCAUGCUCCUGUAGAUGUCAUCAAACUCAAAUUACCGGACUACUAUAAGAUAAUUAAAACACCAAUGGACAUGGGCACCAUAAAAAAGCGACUAGAAACCCACUAUUACAAAAACGCCCAGGAGUGUAUUCAAGACUUCAAUACCAUGUUCACCAAUUGCUACAUGUACAACAAGCCCAGCGAUGACAUUGUGUUGAUGGCAAAGGCUUUGGAGAAGCUUUUCCUCCAGAAGCUCACACAGAUGCCACAGGAAGAGACUGAGAUCGCCGUGGUCACCAAGGGACGCCGCGGCAUUAAACGAGAGCCUGCUCUGAUCAGCAUGUCCGAAUCAAGUCAAGACAUAUCGUCCCCUUCCCCCUCCAACACCCCUCACACGCGGGGCUUUUCGUCCCCUUCCGCCCUGGCGCAAACCCAUGCGUCGUCAACGCCACCUGCGCUGGCCCAGCCCCCACGCGUGCCUCCGACACCUACAGCCCACGCUCCCCACCUCGGACCUUCGUACCCACUUUCAACCGCAGGGAUCCUACCCACAGGCAUGACCACUGUGGCCCCUCCGGCCGUUACGCAUUCAGGCCUCCACCCAAGCCCGAUGCUCCAGAGCGCCCCUGCUGUCAUCAAGCAAAGGAAGAGCCAGAAGAGGAAAGCAGACACAACAACCCCCACAGCCAAUGACCAGCUCAGCGAAUCGUCCCCCGUAUCGGCAGAGACCCGACCGCGACGCGAGAGCAGUCGCCCAAUGAAGCAACCGAAGCGAGACCCGUUGCAGCCGGACUCUCAACAUAACUUGGUCGGCGGGUUGGAGAUGGGAGGCGUGUUGACACCAAAACGUCAGGAUCUGUUGAAUUCCUGCUCCCUCCUUGUCAAAGAGAUGCUCUCCAAAAAGCAUUUUGCAUACGCGUGGCCCUUUCACUUACCCGUUGAUGCAAAAGCUCUUGGACUUCAUGACUAUCAUGACAUCAUCAAGCAUCCCAUGGACCUCAGCACCAUCAAGAAAAAGCUGGACAACCGACAGUACAGAGACCCCCAAGAGUUCGCAGCAGACGUCCGAUUGAUGUUCUCCAACUGUUACAAGUACAAUCCGCCGGGUCACGAUGUGGUGGCCAUGGCGCGGAAACUCCAGGAUGUCUUUGAGAUGCGUUUCGCCAAGAUGCCCGAUGAGCCAGAGGAGGCCAUUCCGGUUCCCACGCCGUCUUCAGUCCUCCAUCCCGCCCCGUCCAUUCGACAAGCGCCGCCGCCUCCUCCCAUCGUCUCGGAAGACAGCAGUUCCAGUAUGUCUGAAUCCGAGUCGUCGGCAGGAGACUCUGAUCAAGAGAGGCAGCAGCGACUGGCUGUUUUACAGGAACAACUCAAAGCUGUCCACGAGCAACUGGCCGCGCUCUCUCAGCCUCAGAUCAGCAAGCCCAAGAAGAAAGAGAGGGAAAAGAAGGAGAAGAAGAAGGAAAAGCACAAGAAGAAAAUGGUGGCCGAAGAACCCACUGAGCCUGCCAUGCUUCAAAUUUCCAAGAAGAGCAAAAUUAGCAAAGAUGCUCUCAUUGCUAAGAAGGAAAGGAAAAAGCCUGGUAAGAAAGAAGGCAUCAAAAACAGUCAUCCUGUUGCACCCCCUCAACCUGGGCCCACCCCUCUUGUCCCUUCAGCCUCCCUCGAAGCAGAAGAUGACAUGGAAAUGUUUGGGAGCGCUGUAGGUAUCGGGGGCAAGCCCAUGUCGUACGAAGAAAAGCGGCAGUUAAGCCUCGACAUCAACAAGUUGCCCGGCGACAAGCUAGGCCGUGUGGUGCACAUCAUCCAGACCCGCGAGCCCUCAAUGAAGAACUCCAACCCGGAUGAGAUCGAGAUUGACUUCGAGACGCUAAAGGCCUCCACGCUCCGUGAGCUAGAGAAAUAUGUGUCCAGUUGUCUCAAGAGGAAAAAGAAGUCUUCAGAAAAACCCCUGGAAAUGACGAACGUGACAAAGUUGAAGACAGGGUCUUCGUCAUCGGGCACCAGUGACUCCUCUGAUAGUGAAGAUUCUGACAAUGCAGGGCUGGUUCCCAAGCAGCAGAAGACGCUGUCCAACAAGGACACAAAGAGGACACAACAGCCCGUCACUAGUGUCGCCGGCCCUGUUGCGCCACACCCUCAACCGGCCCUAUCCAAACUCCCUUUUAUCACGCCCCCAAACGUCCCUGUGUCUAUCCCAGUUUCUGUCCCAAACCCUGUUCCCAUCCCUGUCCCCGCUCUAGAAUCAUCCCAACUGUUGAGCACCGGAUUUGACCCGUUGUCCCACUAUAUGAACACUCACCUAAACCAACCCAGCACCGAACCCAGCCCAGUCAUCAGCGCCGCUUGUCCCCCCCUCGUGUCCAGUCUACUCAAUGUUAACGCGCCCGUCGGCCCCACACCCACAGAGACGCACCCCUUUCUGAACCAACAUCCCAUCAUACCCACGCCAGCCAUCCACAGUGCACUUCCCCAGCAGCCAUCACGCCCCAGCAGCCACGCAGCUCCACUUCCACCCAAAAACACUCAACCGCCCCCUUCCUCGCUCCUAUCCCUGCCCACGCCGCAGCCUCAGCUUCAGAGCUCUCUCCCGCUACCCCAACCCCCUCCACGCCCCCGCGUCCCUUCGCCGCCAUCGCAUGGCAUCUUGGGCACCCUCUCUGCCCAGCCUCCCCAGGCCCUGCUGGAGGACGACGACGAGCCGACGCCCACCAGCGGCGAAACGCCGCCCCUCAGCCAGGUGCAAAGCUUCCUACAGUCGCUUCAACCGAGGCCCUCCGGGCAGGUUCCUUCGCUGCACUCGCCCGCGCAAGGCGCCGCUCAGCUAGUGCCCUCGAUGCAAGCGGCCUUGACGCCCGCCACCGUGCCAAUGCACAGGCACGGCUCACAUGGUCACACACAGAAACAAUACCCGCACGCGCUCGCCACAGCGGUGCAGCAACAGAAAGGGGCGAGUCUACAGCAGAAGCUCCAGCAGAUGCAACAACAUCAGCAAAUGCAGCAACAGCCCUCACCACGAAUCAAGUCUGCUGAGCCAUUUUCCACCGGUUGCCUGCGUGACAGUCCGUCUCCCCUAAUGAUGCACUGCCCCCUGCUGCCUCAGUUCCAGGCGACAGGACAGCAAUCUCCAACACAGAUCAAGAAAAACGAUCAGAGGUCGAACUUGAUAAAGGAGGAGAAACAGUCACACUCGCCAGUGCUGAGCCCUUCCCCAUUCAGCCCUGCCAUGCGCCUUGACACACAAAAACAUGACACCAAGCACAGAUUAGAUGGGAAAUCAUCGGAUGGUUCUCGUCCCAGUUCGCGCCUCUCGGACUCCCUGGUGCAAGCCUGCCCUCAGCAGGACACCAAAGUCAAACAAGAGUCCAAAACGUCCAUGGGAUCCAAGAGGACGCCGGACGUCAAGUUAAAGAACAUGGGCUCCUGGGCUAGUUUGGCUCAGAGAUCUCAGUCUACGCCGGCGUCGGCCGUUCGCUCGUCCAGCGACAGUUUCGAGCAGUUCCGGCGGGCGGCCAGGGAGAAAGAGGAACGCGAGAGGCAGCUGAAAGCUCAGGCGCAGCAGGCCAGGAGGGAGCAGGAGAAGUUGCGCCGCGACGACGACGACACCGUGGACCACAAUCGUCGCCCCCACGAAGACACGCGCCGACGCCAGGAACAACAACAGCAGCAGCAGCCCUCGCCCCUGGCGACCACGCCACCCGCUUCCACCCCGCCUACUCACUCCCCGCAGCCUCCGGCCGUCCCGCCUCCGGCGCCGUCCCCGACUUCCUCGGCCGCGCAAAACGCCCUCGACCAGCAGAGGGAGAUGGCGCGACGCCGCGAGCAAGAAAGGCGCAGGAGGGAGGCGAUGGCCGACACUAUUGACAUUAACUUCCAGAGUGAUCUGAUGGCCAUAUUUGAAGAGAAUCUCUUUUGA